AUGAGGGGAUGUCUUACUUGCCGCCAGCGUCAUCUCAAAUGUGACAAAACUGGGGCCGUGUGCUUACGUUGUCAGCGAUCGGGGCGACAGUGUAUUCCUGCACCAUCGAAACCAGAGGAGGUUACUUUUCGCCACGGCCAGAAUCCUUCUCUGCGUCCCAGAGGGCCUCCUCGUUAUGGAGAGAGCGACCUAGCAUUUCCAGAUAAUCAAAUUUGGGUUGAAACGCCCCCCGAAGUUACUUUUGAAGACGAGACGGGCCGUACAGCAGCUGACUACCACGUUGUAUCGGCUGGAGAGUCUCAAUUGUAUUUGAGGAAAAUGUCUGAAAGUCGAUCUUCCACCUCCGUGUCGACAUUACCACCACCAUCAACGUCUUCCCUCCUUUCCCCUGCUCUGUCUGCGCGUGCUCUAGAGUCGGCCCGAUCUCAACUGGACUCCCCUCUUGGACUAAUCAAUAACCUCUUGCCAGCAGACAUUAUGGCAGGUCAACAAAAGUUGGGCAAUUUAAAUGAGGCUUUCCUCCUUCGGCACUUCCGAAGAACGAUUGGUGCAUGGCUGGACGUAUGCGACCAUGAAAGGCACUUCUCAGUGCAUGCGGUGGAACGGGCGCCUUCUUGCUCGCUCCUAUUGUAUGCCUGCCUGGCCACAGCCGCCUGCCACCUCUCUCAUACGAACAACUCAGUUCCUCCUAAUACUGCGGACCAAUACCACGAGCAAUGCAUUGCAAUUUUACUGCCGGUGGUGGAAAACACCGACUUCAAAACUAGCAUCGAAAUACUUCUCGCCUCGACGGUCAUACUACGCUUUUUCGAACAAAUCUCUUCCCGUGCCCUGUCGCAAGACCUGCAACGACACCUCCUGGCUGGUUCUGUGUACAUCGGCUCUCACAUCGAUUGUGCGUUUUCUGGAGGUCUUGCAGAGGCCUCGUUCUGGGCCUAUGUUAUGCAGGAUGUCCAGAUUGCGUUGGCCACGCGAAGCCCUCUGCGGUUGACCAUCGGCCCGUUUGAGGAAAAACUACGUCUUGCCUGGGAGCAUCGUACCGCCCAAACCGACCGGGACUGGGCCCAUCGGGCCCUAUGGCUACUAGCCGAAACUAUAAACUAUUGCUACCAGCCAAAUAGCCGGGCUCAUAUAAGUUCCACUACAUGGGAGAUUCUAAAAACAAAGAUCUGCGAUUGGGAGAUACUGAAACCGGAUAGUUUUCGACCCUUACAUUAUUCUCCUGCCAAUACAAGCCUUGGCCGACCCUUCCCUGUUGUGUGGUUCACCAGCGCAUCUCAUGCUAUGGCGACGCAGCAUAUUUGCAUAGCAAAAGCUCUGAUACAUGAGUUGAGAACUCUGCAUUUCGUGACCAAUGCAAAUCAAGAUGCACGGAUAAUUGAGAACGAUGUCGUGAGCAAUCUGAGUACAGUUUUAGGCAUUUCCCUCUCGACCGAUGAUGACCUCCCCGUUCGCAUCAUGGCAUGCCAUGCGCUGUCUGCUUGUGGCUCAUGGAUUCGUGACCCUCUGUCACAAACAUGUCUGUUAGACCUACUCCGAAUUACCGAGGCAGAGAGCGGAUGGCCAUUAGCAUCUCUGGCGGAAGCACUAAGUCAAGACUGGCAAAUGGUUACGGAUUAAUAUCCACUACCAUGGUUCCUACAUCACGUCGCGCGCCCUCCAACAACAAACUCCCUUUUCCGUGGUGAACACCCACAGAUACAUGUAACGGCGACUGCGACGCCUAGUGAGGCAAGAUCCACCGAGCCCAAAACUCGCGACUUCGGUAGGUUGUCCACUCAAUGGCAGGCGGUCGAACUGACAGACCCGGGCUAAAAAUCCUUAGCAUUAAACCAAUUCGGCCGGACUCCCGCCAUUACUUCUGCAUCCCCACCUCGUG